AUGGUACAAAACAUUCGAUUGGGUCAUGUACUGGUCGAUGGUGGGAGUUCCAUCAACCUCCUCUUUGCUAAUGCUCUGGACACCCUGCAGAUCUCGAGGAGCGUGUUGAAAUUAUCUCAUCCCUUCUUCGAAAUUACCCCUGGCUCCUCGGCUAAGCCGUUGGGACAGAUCGAGUUGCCCGUCACCUUUGGCUCACCAGGUAACUUCAGGACCGAAAUGGUCCCGUUCGAUAUGGUGGACUUUGAGACCACUUACAAUGCAAUCCUGGGGCAACUAGCGAUAGCCCAAUUCAUGGCCAUAGCCCACUACACUUACCAAGCAAUUAAGAUCCCUGGCCUAGCUGGGGCCAUCACCAUUUUUGGCAACGCAAAAACGGCCCUGCACAGCGACAAGAGGAGUCUUGUCAUGGUCGAGCUGGAUCUUGGGUCACAGCUAGAGAACGCAAGGCCCAGUGGUCGCCCGGUGAAGGUCCAUAUCAUCGCCAGUAUAGACGAUCGGCUCAAAGCCAUUUUCCUAGAUGACUCUAAGCCAUCCAAGACGGUCUAG